GGCCCCCGGAGGAAGCGGCGGCGGCGGCGGCGGCAGCGCAGCGGUGCCCGGAGCGGCCACGCCCCCCCCAUCCCGCCGCCAUGGCCAGCAACGUGACCAACAAGACGGACCCGCGGUCGCUGAACUCGCGCGUCUUCAUCGGCAACCUGAACACGCUGGUGGUGAAGAAGAGCGACGUGGAGGCCAUCUUCGCCAAGUACGGCAAGAUCGUCGGCUGCUCCGUGCACAAGGGCUUCGCCUUCGUGCAGUACGUCAACGAGCGCAACGCCCGCGCCGCCGUGGCCGGCGAGGACGGCCGCAUGAUCGCCGGCCAGGUGCUGGACAUCAACCUGGCGGCCGAGCCGAAGGUGAACCGGGGCAAGGCGGGGGUGAAGCGCUCGGCGGCCGAGAUGUACGGGUCAGUAGCCGCCCCCCCGUCACCGUCCCCCCUCGUCAGGUCGUCGUUCGACCUGGACUACGACUUCCAGCGGGAUUACUAUGACCGGUACCAGUAUAAACCAGUCCAGAGCGGGAUGUACAGCUACCCCGCCCGCGUGCCGCCCCCGCCCCCCAUCGCUCGCGCCGUGGUGCCCUCCAAGCGCCAGCGCGUCUCCGGCAACACCUCCCGGCGCGGCAAGAGCUUCAACAGCAAGUCCGGCCAGCGCGGCUCCUCCUCCAAGUCCGGCAAACUGAAGGGCGACGACCUGCAGAGCAUCAAGAAGGAGCUGGGGCAGAUCAAGGCCAAGGUGGACGCGCUGCUGGAGAGCCUCGAGCGCCUGGAGCGUGAGCAGAAGGCCAAGAGCGACAAGGCGGAGGAGGAGCAGGGCGGCGGCGGCGGCUCCAAGAAGGACGAGGCGGGCGGGGCCAAGGCCGAGGGCGGCCACGAGGACUCGGCCGAGGAGGGCGACCUGCUGGACGACGACGAGGCCGAGGAGCGGGGCGACGAGCAGCUGGAGUCGCUGAAGGGGGACGAGAAGGAGGCGGAGGAGGGGGAGGACGACCGGGACAGCGCCCCCGGCCCCGCCCCCUCGUUAAUUUUGAUACCUCGAGAUGAUGAAUUAAAGGACGGAUGUUUGUAAACGCGGCUCGGCGGGGGAGGGGCGGGACGCGCCCAAGAUGGCGGCGGCCUCACCGCGGUCUAACAUGGCCGCCCUCACAUGCUGCAGUGCAAGAUGGCGGCCCCCAAGAUGGCGGCCGCUGUGUGGCAGAGUCCAAUAUGGCUGCCCACAUGUGUCUCAAUCCAAUAUGGCCACCCUCCUGUGCCCCACCUAAGAUGGCGGCUUUUAUAUCCUUUAAUCCAAGAUGGCUGCCCCUGUGUGCCACAAUCCAAUAUGGCCGCCCCCAUUGGUUGGAGUCCAAGAUGGCGGCCCCCAUGUGCUGCAAUCCAAAAUGGCAGCCUCCAUGCAUGGAAAUCCAAGAUGGUGGUCUCCACACGCCAUAAUCCAAAAUGGCCACCCCCAUGUGCAGUUAUCUAAUAUGGCCACCUCCAACUGCUGUAAUCCAAGAUGGCAGCCCCCAUGGUUUGCAAUCCAAGAUGGCCGCCUCUGUGCCCCACCCAA